AUGCUUUGCUCUUAUAAAUAUUGUGGUUUAUCAAAUAAAGCCUAAUCUGAUGGGGUUAUUGCAUGUCCUCUAUGCUAUUAAACACGAUAUUGCUCAUCAAGAUGUAAGGAUCUCGAUUGGUAUUGAGUGUUGUUAAUUUUAGGACUAUUUCACAUAAACUUAAUUGCAAAGGAAAAUAAUAAUAAGUGAGAUAGACAGAUGUAAAUGAUACUCAAUCCACUCUCAAAUCCAUUGGCAAAAAUAUUGAUGAUUUCGAAAUUAUAGUUAAAGAUGGUAAGUCUGAAUUAGGAAAAGGUAGUUAUGGUUAAGUCAAACUAGUUAAAGAUCGCUAAAAUGGGUAGUUGUAUGCAAUGAAAAUAGUAAUUAAAUGUUUUAUAAAAAUAGUUAAACAAAAAGAGAAUAUUUGAGUAUUGGUCAACAGAAAACCUAAAGAGAGAGAUUAAAAUUUAAAGGAGAUUAACUCAUCCCCAUAUUGUUAAACUAUACCAUUACUUUGAAGAUAAGGAGAAUGUCUAUUUGAUUCUUGAAUUGGCAGAAAAUGGAAGUUUAUUUGUCUAUGUUAGAAGAAGAAAAAGGUUACCAGAAAAAGAAGCCUUUGUUUAUUUCUUUUAGACCUGUCUAGGAAUUGAAUAUCUGCAUAAGAAAAAUAUCUUACACAGAGAUCUAAAACCAGAAAAUCUUUUGUUGGAUAAAUAAGGAAAUAUCAAAGUUUGUGAUUUUGGUUGGUCUGCUGAGGCUAAUCAAUAGUCAAAAAGAACAACAUUUUGUGGUACUCUAGAUUAUAUGGCUCCAGAAAUGCUACUAAAUAAACCUUAUGAUUUUAAAUUAGAUAUAUGGUGUUUAGGAAUCUUAUUAUAUGAACUAAUUCAUGGAUUUGCUCCUUUUAAAGGAAAAACCAAUCAAGAAAAAGGUUAGAAUAUCAUUAAUUUGUAAACUAUUGAAUUUAAUCAAACUUGUUCCUUCGAAGUUAAAGAUCUAAUUAGCAAUAUCCUUAAAACUAAUCCAGAGGAUAGAUUAUCGUUGCUUCAAAUAUUUGAACAUCCCUUUAUGAGGAGAAACUAUGAGAGUUAUGGAAUUGAUUUAAAUCAAUACCUUAAUAAAGAAGAGAAAAUUGAAAACCGAUCUUUGUCUCCAGUAUAGGAAUAAUUAAAAGCCAGGUAUCAUUAAGAUUAAUAACUAUUCUAGAAAUUUCACCUUGCCAUAACAUAAUUCUUCACAUGAAUUAAAUCAUCCUUCAUUAUCACAUACAUUUUCAAUUUAAUAAAAAGCUUCAAUUGUACCAAAUUAUAAAAGUGUAAAUUAACCAACUACUGGAACAAAUACAUCAAUAUCAACUGUAUUUAACAUAUUUAGAUAUAGUAUUCUCAAGACGAUGAUUUAAAAGCCAGAGUCAGUCGAGUUUCGUAAAGGCAACAGAUGGCUUAAUAAUAAAGAGAAAUAGGAUCAUUGAGACAAACCAAUAGUGACCUUGGGUUUAUGGAUAGAGUGUUUUAAGCUUUAGGAUGUUUGAAUAGAGACAAGUAGUAAUAAAAUUAAUAAUUUUGA